UUUCCUUUUCUAAAAAGAUAAAUCUAAACGAUUCCUUCCGAUUCCCUUCCUUUUUGUUACCGCCCUUUGCCUCUUCUCGGCUUUUAGGGUUAGGGUUUCUCUUUGUUCAUACGAGACACCCAAAAACUCUCUUCUUCUUUCUCCUUCUCUCUACAGUAAGGAAAUUUUGUACCUCUCCUCUGAAAAGAUGCAGCCUGCUCCUGGUGUUGUCCCUCACAACAUGCCUCACCAGGCCCCUCAGUACCAGCAACAGCAACCUUCGUACAUGAUGAUGCCACCUCAGCCGCCUCAAGCGCAGCCUGUUUCUCAGAUGUGGCCUCAGCAGCCGCAGGCCGGUUCGCCACAGGGCCAACCGCCUCAACCAGCCAGCGCCGAUGAGGUCCGUACGCUCUGGAUCGGAGACUUGCAGUACUGGAUGGACGAGAACUAUAUUUUUAAUUGUUUUGCUCAUACAGGCGAGGUUUCCUCUGUGAAAGUCAUUCGGAAUAAGCAGACCGGCCAGUCUGAGGGUUACGGAUUUAUUGAGUUUUUAACCCGUCCAGCUGCAGAAAGAGUACUUCAAACGUAUAAUGGUACCGCAAUGCCCAAUGGGGCACAAAAUUUUAGAUUGAACUGGGCAUCAGCAGGGGAGAAGCGUCAAGAUGACUCUCCUGAUUACACGAUUUUUGUAGGAGAUUUGGCUGGUGAUGUUACUGAUUACGUGCUACAAGAAACAUUUAGGGCACGUUAUAACUCCGUUAAGGGUGCUAAAGUUGUGAUUGAUAGGCUCACUGGACGCACUAAGGGUUAUGGGUUUGUUAAGUUCGGGGACGAAUCUGAACAAAUGCGGGCAAUGACUGAGAUGAAUGGUGUUAUCUGUUCAUCCAGGCCCAUGCGAAUUGGUCCAGCAGCUAACAAGAACACUUCUGGCGGUCAGCAGUUUGCGAAAACUUCAUAUCAGAAUCCUCAAGGAGCUCAGAAUGAGAAUGAUCCAAACAAUACGACUAUAUUUGUGGGUAAUUUGGAUGCUAAUGUCACAGACGAUCACUUGAGACAAGUAUUUGGUCAGUAUGGGGAAUUGGUACAUGUAAAGAUACCUGUAGGCAAACGAUGUGGCUUUGUUCAAUUUUCUGAUAGAAACUGUGCUGAGGAAGCAUUACGCGUUUUAAAUGGAACACAAAUUGGUGGGCAGAACAUUAGACUUUCUUGGGGACGUAGUCCUUCAAAUAAACAGGUUCCACAGGCGGAUCCUAACCAGUGGAAUGGAGGUGGCUAUUAUGGGUAUGGGCAAGGAUACGAAAACUAUAGCUAUGCUCCAGCUCCUCAGGACCCUAAUAUGUUCUACAGUGGCUAUGGUGGCUAUGGAAAUUACCAGCAGCCACCGCCGCAGCAACCACAGCAGCAGCAGCAAGGAGGAUACAUGUAGAUUUGAAGUUUUGUUCACUUGCUUUGGCCUCUCCCGACUGAAUCGUCAAAGAUUUUGAGAAGUUAUUUCACCUCCCCAUUCCAGCCCGCCCAUCCAUCCUGAAGAACUCUUCGUUUUCCUAUUUUCUUUUCUACCUUAACUCUUUGAUGACAUAAAAUAUCUUCUUUUUCUUUUUCUUUUUUUAAACAUUGUCAUGUUUUCCCGCAGAAUUUUUAUUAUUGUGUACUUUAUGUCGUUUAUUUUACUUCAAACACUACUUUUUUUGGUCUUUUGAUGAGAAUCUGGAGGCACUGUGCCUUUGCGUUUGAGCACUGCAUUUUCUACUGAUUUAAAUACUGUUAAGUUAUUCAUCCAUUUAUCCUAAAGAUGAAGUUUCACAA